UAAAUUCCCCCACUUUGUCCAAAAUUUAUUUUCUAUGAGAAAAGUCUUGCCGAAAUUUGAUGAUUUUUGUGCUGCUAGUUGCUUCAAGAACCUGCUCUCCUGCUCUAUAAAUAAAUAAUCCAAAGCCCAGAAGAAUUUCAAGAAGCAUAAACUGUGACAUCCAAUAUUAUUCAAUAAUUAACAAACACAGCAACUCCAAGAAUAUCUUUCUUGUAGAGCAUUUUAGGGAUGGAAAGGGCACGAACGGUUGGUAUCGGCAUGGAUUACUCUUCUACAAGCAAAGCAGCCCUGCGUUGGGCGGCUGAGAAUUUGAUAGGUGAAGGUGACCGAAUUAUUCUGAUCCAAGUCCAGCCUCCUAAAGCUGAUCAUACCAGGAAGCAGCUUUUUGAGGGCACUGGAUCACCCUUAGUGCCACUCGCGGAAUUCAGGGAGAUCAAUUUUUCAAAGCAAUACGGGCUUACUUAUGAUCCUGAAGUUCUUGAUAUUCUGGAUAUAGUUUCAAGGACCAAGGGGCAGGCUGAAGUGGUGGCGAAGGUCUACUGGGGAGAUCCAAGGGAGAAGCUGAUUGAUGCUGUGGAAGAUCUUAAGCUGGAUUCUCUUGUUAUGGGAAGCAGGGGCUUAGGUGCUAUCAAAAGGGUGUUGCUUGGGAGUGUUAGCAACUACGUGGUGACAAAUGCUCCAUGUCCAGUCACUGUAGUUAAGGGGUCCAAACCUUAAUGUCCUCAAGAAUCUAGCUUGUGUGGCAACAUGGGAUUGCUGACAAUAUCACGAGGCUCAAUGUCUGUACUCUCACGUGUAGAAUACCGUAUUUGUUUUUUUACUGUGACGUUGGUAUUUGGUAAGAGUAGAUGCAAGCUACGAGUGCUGGUGUGAUAAAAUUGUGACAAUGAUAUCAAUGAUUUGCUUCGAAUUUUAGCUUUUCUCUAUUUUU